GCGGGAAUAAGAUCGAAUAUGGGUGGGAAAAAUAUUAAGGCUCUAACGAAUUGCUGAAUGCCGAGGAAAUGAUUUUAAAUAGGCCCAAGAAAAAAAAGGGAGCCGGCGGUAAACCGUCAACCUUGGUCACCGCUGGGAACCCGCAGGGCUUCCUUGCGAUAUACAUGAACGGCACGUGGGCGCGGCAAUCUCGCAUUCCGCGCGCGAGAGGGCGCGGUUCCAUGGAGGAGGACGUGGAGGAGAAGAACGAACGAGGAGGAAGAGAAGGAAAUGAAGAUGGAGAAGGAAGACGAGGAGGAGGAGGAGAAAGGGGAAGGGGGGAAUUCCAACACCGUCUCUCAUAUAAAAAAUGGCAGCUCUGGUAGCAGACCGAUCUCAGGCGUCUAGACUGUAGACUGAUGCUCCGCAGCAUUCCCUGUCGAUUGGCGUGCCUCAGCUUCUGAGCUGGCCUAGAUCCCGAAUCUACUUCGGGAAACGCACAUCAUCUCUCGCAGAAUAUCUACAGUGCGAAAAGUUGUCCAGGCGGAGCUAACCAAAUCCAGACGCCUCGUCCUGGUGACCUGGUCAUCUUCUGCUUCGCGAAGUGCGUUUCAGCCCACAGCUCGAAUGAAAUGGAGCAAACUAUCAUGAGCCCUGAAAAAAUAGCAGAGUACGAAUGGCUGGUUGGUUCUAGCUCUGGUAUCAGGUUCAGGCAUCUAGAU